AUGAGCAUCUCGCUUAGAUGCUACAUUGGUGACCGCCGGCCUUCUCAGUUUCUACGGCAUCUACAAAAUUUAGCUGGACCCGCUGGUGCUUCGGAUUUUGUGAAAAGUCUGUGGACUAACCGCUUGCCGCAAAAUAUACAGACAGUGAUUGCUUCACAGAUUGCCGACCUGCCGGUAGAAAAGCUAGCAGAGAUUGCUGACCGGGUGUACGACAUUGUACCAUGCACCCCGCAAGUCGCUGCCACCUCUGCAUCUACCAGCACCGCGCCGGACUUGGUCAAAGAAGUAAGCGAACUUACAAAACAAGUUGCCCGGCUGUCAUCGCAAAUGAACAGCAAGUGGAGAGGGCGCUCUCGCUCUCGCUCACAGUCUCGGCACAACCAAAGAAGGUAUUAUCGCGGUCGCUCUAAUAACUCUAGGACUCCACAGCCACCACCGAACCACCCGCAUUGCUACUACCACUACACCUUUGGAGACAAGGCAAACAAGUGUAGACAACCAUGCACAUUUACGUCGGAAAACGCAAAGGGCGGUCGCUAG